AUGCAACAAGCUCCAGAAACACUUCUUGCAAAUAGCACGAUUCAAUUCAGCACUUCAUGUGAAAUUUGUGGUAAAGAUUAUGAUCCCAUCAAUCAACUGCCAUAUAUUCUGCAAAAUUGCAAACAUUAUUUCUGCUUGCCUUGCCUUAACAAAAAUAAGAUGCGUUCAACAGCUGAAACAACAGGAUCACUAUAUUAUCUCUGCCCAACUUGCAAAGGUAAAAGUCGAUAUGCUGACAAGCACUCUUCUCUUAUGCUAAUUAAGAUUAAUUGCUCUUGGAUUGUUAUUACGCAUAUUUUAAUGGUUUAGAAAAUUAUUUGUAGGUGCAAGGCUAAAUAAUCACUUUAAAUGAGCAUGUUAAAUAUUUAGAAAAAAAAGUUUGUCUUCAUCAUGGCUUGGAUUUUGUCGCUUUUUGCCCAAGCCAUGACCAUCUUCUGUGUGCCACUUGUCUUCCAGAGCACAAAAGGCAAGAAUAUUUUAUGCUAGAUAGUCCAAAAAUAAAAAAAUACACAAAAGAUAAAGAAGUUCUACUAACAGAGUUUGUGAAUAGAAUGCAUGACUACAUAAAUAUAUCUAAAAUAGAGGUUCAGGAGCUUGAAGACCUAACUUACCUCUAUUAUUUAAAAUCAGAUAAAUUCAUUUCAAAAAAAUAUGAAUAUAACUAAAAUAUUUAAAAUGCAUAAAACGCCAAUUUUUAUAAAUGACUGAUUUUGCGGAGUAAGGGAUCAAAAUAGCCAAUAUGAAUUACAUAUCAGCAAAAUUAUUGAAACAAAAGAAGGAAUGAUUAAAACAAUAAAUGAAAAAGCUCAGACUUGCAUCAAUGAAAUUGAAGGAAUUAUAAAGAAGAAAGAAAUAAAAGAACUCUUACAGACAAUAACUGAUAACUUAAGCCAUUAUGCAAGAGUCUUUAAACUUAUGCAGAAGAAAAAGGAUAAGUUUCCUAAUCUUGACGAAAUUAGCCAGUUGGAAAUUAAAAAUAAAGAUAUGACUCUAAUCAAGCCCGCUAAAAUGUUUAAUAGGGAUAAAUUAGUAGCGCCGCCUAUAGAUACGAUUGAUUAUGAAGGCUCUAUAGAGCAAGGGGCAUUAGCAUAUAAAAGGAGGAAAUUAAAGAUGGAGCAAGAGCCAGAGGAAACCAAUGAAGCAAUUGCCAAUGAGCUAAUUCAAUCUCAGCAAGCAGCAAUCGAGAAUGAAAAUCAAAAUAACCUUCGGGAUCAAGAAACAAAUCAAGCUCUUGAUCAAACUCAAGCUAAUUAA